GCUGGUGCUGCGCGGAGCCCGGCGCCCCCGCCCGCCCCGCGCCCAGGGACGCCGCCGGCCCGGCUCCCGCCCCCGGGGACCGCGCCCGCGCGAACCGGGCCCGUGAGCUGCGCCCCGCGGCAUGGCAGCCUCAGGGGCGCCCAGAGGAUGUGACAUCCUCAUCGUCUACAGCCCAGAUGCCGAGGAAUGGUGCCAGUACCUCCAGGACCUUUUCCUGUCCAGUCGGCAGGUCCGUAGCCAGAAGACACUGACUUACAGGCUGGGCCCUGAGGCCUCCUUCUCAGCGGAAGACCUGAGCUUCUUUCUUAGCUCGCGCUGCAUCGUGGUGCUGCUGUCUGCGGAGCUGGUGCAGCGCUUCUGGCAGCCAGCCCUGCUGCCCCUGCUACAGAGAGCCUUCCAUCCUCCGCACCGCAUGGUGAGGCUGCUCUGCGGCGUGCAGGACAGCGAGGCGUUCCUGGACUUCUUUCCAGAUUGGGCGCACUGGCAGGAGCUCACCUGUGAAGAUGAGCCCGAGACUUAUGUGGCAGCUGUGAAGAAGGCCAUUUCUGAAGAUUCUGGCUGUGACUCAGUCACUGACACUGAGACCGAGGACGAGAGGGUCCUUCCCUACUCGAAGCAGCAGAGCCUGCCGCCGGAGACUUCGCCUGGGAACCUGAUGGUGGUGCAGCCGGACCGCAUUCGCUGUGGGGCAGAAACCACUGUCUACGUCAUUGUGAGAUGUAAGUUGGAUGAGAGGGUGACGACAGAAGCAGAAUUUUCUCCUGAGGAUUCUCCCUCCAUAAGGGUGGAAGCCAAGCUGGAGAAUGAGUACACCAUUUCCAUGAAGGCUCCCAACCUUUCAUCUGGGAAUGUUUCCCUGAAGAUAUAUUCCGGGGAUUUAGUGGUGUGUGAAACCGUUAUCAGCUAUUAUACUGACAUGGAAGAAAUUGGGAAUUUGUUGUCCAAUGCCGCGAAUCCUGUGGAGUUCAUGUGUCAGGCCUUUAAAAUUGUGCCCUACAACACAGAGACGCUUGAUAAACUGCUAACUGAGUCCCUGAAGAACAACAUCCCUGCAAGCGGACUGCACCUCUUUGGAAUCAACCAGUUGGAAGAAGAAGAUAUGAUGACAAAUCAGAGGGAUGAAGAGCUGCCCACCUUGUUGCAUUUUGCUGCAAAGUAUGGACUGAAGAACCUCACUGCCUUGUUGCUCACCUGCCCGGGAGCCCUACAGGCAUACAGUGUGGCUAACAAGCAUGGCCACUACCCCAACACCAUUGCCGAGAAACAUGGCUUCAGGGACCUGCGGCAGUUCAUCGACGAGUAUGUGGAAACUGUGGACAUGCUGAAGAGUCACAUUAAAGAGGAACUGAUGCAAGGGGAGGAGGCCGACGCUGUGUAUGAGUCCAUGGCCCACCUUUCCACAGACCUGCUCAUGAAAUGCUCCCUCAACCCUGGCUGUGAUGAGGAGCUGUACGAGUCCAUGGCUGCCUUCGUCCCAGCUGCCACCGAAGAUCUCUAUGUUGAAAUGCUUCAGGCCAGUACAUCUAAUCCAAUCCCUAGAGACGGUUUCUCUCGGGCCACUAAGGACUCUAUGAUCCGCAAGUUUUUAGAAGGCAACAGCAUGCAAAUGCCCAGUUUGGAGAGGGAGCUGCCCCAUCUCGAUCAGGAAGAAGAUGUUUAUCACACGGUGGAUGACGACGAGGCCUUUUCUGUAGACCUGGCCAGCAGGCCCCCUGUCCCAGUGCCCAGGCCGGAGGCCAGUGCUUCUGCUUCUCACCAGCUGCCCGACAAUGAACCAUAUAUUUCUAAAGUUUUUGCAGAAAAAAGUCAAGAGCGGCCUGGGAAUAUCUAUAUUUCCUCAGAGAGCAUCAGGAAAGAGCCUCCCGUCAGACCCGGGAGAGACAGGCCUCAGUCGACUAUAUAUGAUCCUUUCGCUGGGAUGAAAACGCCAGGCCAGCGGCAGCUUAUUACCCUCCAGGAGCAGGUGAAGCUGGGCAUCGUCAACGUGGACGAGGCCGUGCUCCACUUCAAAGAGUGGCAGCUCAACCAGAAGAAGCGGUCUGAGUCCUUUCGCUUCCAGCAGGAAAAUCUUAAACGGCUGAGAGAGAGCAUCACCCGAAGACAGCGAGAGAAGCAAAAAUCAGGAAAGCAGACAGACUUGGAGAUCACGGUCCCAAUUCGGCACUCACAGCACCUGCCUGGGAAAGUGGAGUUUGGAGUCUAUGAGAGCGGCCCCAGGAAAAGCGUCUUCCCUCCAAGGACAGAGCUCAGACGAGGAGACUGGAAAACAGACAGUACCUCCAGCACAGCAAGCAGCGCGAGUAACCGAUCCAGCACCCGGAGCCUCCUCAGCGUGAGCAGCGGGAUGGAGGGGGACAAUGAGGAUAAUGAAGUCCCUGAGGUUACCAGAAGUCGUAGUCCAGCCCCCCUGCAAGUGGAUGGAACACCCACCGUGCCCCUUGAGAGGCCCCCCAGGGUGCCUCCGAGAGCUGCUUCACAGAGGCCACCAACCAGGGAGACCUUCCAUCCUCCUCCACCUGUUCCACCCAGAGGUCGCUGAUUCUGCCCUGCCUACUUCCAGACUUUGAGACUUGCAAUUUUCAGCCUGUUAAUGAUGUCUUCAUGUUGCAUUUUAUGGCACAACUGCUGACCUUAAGAACCACUCUCAUUACUGUUACUGUUGCAGCCCUGCUGGUUUGGGCUUUCCUUGAAGAGGAUAUUAUUAAGGCAUGAAGAAGUGAAAAACUGAAGACUUGAUUCACCAUUGCCAAGUGUAUUGAUCCAUGUCCUCGUUUGCCAAAAGGAAGAAGACUUAGUUGGAAUACUUCCCUCUAAUUUGGCAUGUCAGAAGCCUAAAAAGAUUGAUCAGAAAUGUACUUUACAAGUGAUUUUACUGAAAUUCACUUAUAUAAGCACAUAUAUAAUAAGGCCUUACUUAUUUGCUAGUCCAGCCUAAUUUCUAGAAGUGGUUAUGAUUUAAGACGUUAUUCAAGUGAGAAAAUAGGUCCUAACUUUUAAAUGAUUUUUCAACUUUUCUGUAGAUUCAGAAGGAUGUUUAAAUGUCAGGGCUGGUCACAUACAACAAACUGAAAAAGACUUUAGGUGGGAUUAAUCCUAACUCCUCUUACUUAGAAGGAAAAUCUGAGGUUCCAAAGAAGUCUAGAACCAAGAGUAUUCAGUAGGUUAGAGGAAGCGGCGGACCUAGAAUCCAGGGCUACUAAUUCCAUAUCACCACACUUUCUGUCUCCAAAUAGCCAGGCCCUCUCCCUUAAGAAAUGCCCAGAUGUAGAAAUUCACUCAGUGACUGACUAUUGGCCUUCUAGAAGUUUCCUUGUUCCAUAUCUCCCAGGUAUGGAACCAUCAAGUAUUUUUUUCAAUUUGAACAUUUAUACUUCAGUAUGCUUUCAAAACAAUGAUGCUGCCAAGGAACAUCUAAAAAUGGUUGGGAACCAGAUGUUUGGGAUGCCGAGGACCCCAUUUAUUAGGUCUUAGUCCUGGCCAUAAGGAAAGAGAAGGAAGCUUGACUUUUUCCUCUGCUGAGGGGUCAUAAGAGGAGGGAACAACCUAAAAUAGAAAUAGUUAUCUAUUUCCUUAUACACCUGUUAUUACCACCAGGCUUGGGAAAUCUGUUUCUGCAGAGAAUGUACAACCUUAAAUAUGUCAUUAAUUUUGAGUCCCUGGCACAUAAAUCUACCUUCAAAACACAGGCUUUUGAUUUGAUGCUUAAACAUACACUAAAAUUAGUAUCAGAUCUAUUUCUUUAAAAAACAUCAGAAAUCUAGUGGUUUUCCAGGAAAUUAUUCUCCAUCCCACACAGUUAUAUAAAAGCCACACUAUUAGUGAUUCAUUUAAGUACAAUUUUAUUGGGUCCUUUUCUGACGAUUAAAGGUUCUUUUUCAAUCUUACUCCUCAGUCCAGCAAACAGGGACUCUUACUGAAGUUAAUAGCUUCUGUGGUUUUGGUUUUUUUCUAGUAUAAAAUACACUAUUAGCUAUGGCCAUUAAGAGAGUGAUUGUGCAAAUUACCUCCCACAAUGCCUGGCACAUGGUAGCCAUUCUGCAAUGCUCCCUUCACUCUCCUUAGUUGGGAGAGAUAAGUUAAUGUGAGAUAAAAGGACAACAAGAAAUUAUAAUGGUAGUAUGGUUGUCCUCCCUGUUAUUUAUAGACAGUCUCCAUCUUAAGCACAUUUGAUUUUGAUAAAAGCUACACUUUUUUUAUAUUCAAUAUCUCUAAGCCCCUUUUGGAUGCCAAAUUUAGAUUUUUGUACAUUCUCUGAUUAACAAGCAUUUAUAUCACUAACACGGCAAAACCUACUGCCAGCCCAUGAUGUUAGCGUCUUUGUAUGCACAUCACUGUUUGUGAAAUAUUGGAAUAUUUUAUUUUUAUAUGAAAAUAAGUAGAAAACAUAAAAUUGAAAGGGCUGAUGAGAAACUUGUACCUAUAAAUGUGACACACUUGAAACAUGGAUGGAAAUGGUCAAGAGUGCCAAGUCAAAAGUGGUGAGUCUUAAACCAUCAUUAGACGUUCCUUGAACAUCCAAAAUGAUUGGUUCUACAUAAAAGUAAAAGAAGAAAAUGAAAAAAUUUGGAUGAAACGUUGGGACCCUGUUAGCAAAGAAUGUCUCUAAUGAUGAGGUGAAAUUUUUCAUUCUCUAGAAACAGAAUCACUCAUUAUAACAUAAAUUUAUUCAACCUCCACCUACUCAACUUUUGUACACAUUUUGUAGGAAUACAUUAUGUAACAAAACUGUGGAUUUCAAUACAAUGAAGAUCAGAAACUAAACUGUAAUUAGGCAUCCAAAGAGACAAAAAGUUUUCUAUACAGUGCUUUGGAAGGCAGCUCUGCUGUCACCAUCCUUUCCCAAGAUUUUACAAGCUGGCUUAAUACAAAGUGAAGUUAUUACUUAUAUUCAUUGCCAUUGCCUUUGCCUCUAACUGUACAAGGUACAUCGUCUUCCAGGUCCUAGGCCAGCACUCUUCCUCCAUCUUGUAUUAGAACCUUUGAGUAGACAGCCAACUAAAUAUUUAGCAAAAAAGUAUGAAGACUGAGAGACUAUGAACAGGAGGUUGGUAUUGCAAUCAAAUAAUUUAACUUGACAUAUUUAAUCAUGUGAAUAAUCCCUAAUGCUUUGCCAUAAUUAAGCAAAGUAAUAGUAUGUAAAUGACUUCAAUGAAUAUUUUUCCAAAAAAAGCUAAGUUACCUAACCCCUAUCCCCCUUUUUCUUGCUUUGUUAUUAAAAAAGAGAGGUCCUAGUCCAUCCUAUAUCAUCUCGGUAGCUAGGAGUUUUAGAUCCCUCUCUCAUAUGCCCCAGGAAGUAAGUGGUUUUCUGUGCUCCUUUUGCAAAGAAUAGUGUGUGGUUUUGCAGCUGGUUGGCUGAGGAAGCCUUAGUAACAUUUAUUUCUAAGAAAGACAAGCGGCUAAUUUGGAUAACUCUAAAAGAUUCCUCAUAAAAAUCAAUCCUCAGUUUUGAGGAAUCUGCCUGUAUAAAUAUUUUCUUGGGUUUGAUAAAUAAAUUGUGUUCUAUUCAUUUCCAAGCAAGUUAUUAAGAAUAUAAAAUGGUCUUCCUCACUCGUUCCUGAUGGCCGGAUACUACGUUCACCAGGGUGGUGAGGAGAUGAGUAGGAGGGGAAAGAUGUGUUCUGAAUUCUGAGGCACAACUCAGAAUUCAUUUUCUCUUAGAAAGUGUAAUAAAUAAAUUCCCAGGCUAGCCCGCCAAAGCCCAUUUAACCCACAAUGUAGGAGACAAUGUCUUAGCUAGCUAUGCAGCAAGAGUUAGCAUGGUGUAGGGAGAGAAUGUUGGCUUGGAAGUCAGGAAACCUGGCUUUUAUUUUGGUCUGCUACUGACUUGCAGAGUUCAUGUAACUUGACUACCCUGGGUCUGUUUCAUCAUCUGUGAAGUAAAGAGUUUUGUGUUUACGAACACUCCGGGUCCCUUCAACUCUGUUAAGUCUAAGUCUAAGGCAAAGGGUGGGGAAUCCCUCAUCCUGAAGAAGCAGGGAAGCCGCCUUCCUGGAGGCGCCGCCUUCCCGGCAAGGGAUCUUCCCUGUGGCAGCUGCUGUUCCUCGCCCAGUACCAUUGUUAUAACGGAUCAGUUAAAAAAUGUGAGAAACAGUAAAAUGGAAACUGUACAAAGAAAUUAAUAGCCAUAGUUGCUCUUCAGUCUAAGAACCAAAUGUUUUAAGUGAUUGCUUUGUAAAGAAAGAACUCAGAACAGUUAUGAAGUCUUUGGUAUCUAGAACAUUGUGGCUAGAACAGAAAAGGUAGAGGUGGAAGGUGGUCAGUAGCAAUAGAAGGACUGCCCAUCUCAGAAGUAAAUAACUAGCAAGACAAACAUAACAAAGUAGAAAGAAAAACAGAAUUUCAAAGAAGAGGUAGCUGAGGAUGGAAAUCGGAAGACAUGUUGUCAUCUAUACACCAAGACUUUGGAUGAUGAUGUUUAUCAAGAAUGAGAAUAAAAGAUUGAAAUUGUA